AUGAGUGGUUGGAUCAUCUUCAAGUUCUUCAAUGAGGAGAAGAUGUCUCAAGUGCUGCAAGGUGGACCUUUCCUUGCAUAUGGUAGGCCUCUAUUUCUCAAAAAAUUUCCAAACGUAUUUCAAUUUAAUAAUGAGGAACUGAGCAUUGUGCCGAUGUGGAUUCAACUGAAAAACCUUCUGCUUGAAUUGUGGACUCUUAACUCCCUUGGGAAAAUUUGUUCCAUGCUAGAUAUGCAUGUUCAUGCUAAUAAACUGACCACCAACAGGGAGAGUAUUUCCUAUGCCAGAGCGUUGGUUGAGAUUGAUGUCGCUAAAGAGUUAAAGUAUAGUGUGAGAGUUCAUAUGCCAUAUGGGCAGACUUUUAAUCAAGAGGUUUCUUAUGAAAAUGUGCCAAAAUUCUGUACAUUCUGUAAUAUGCUUGGUCAUGCAGAAGUGAAUUGUAAAAACAAGAAAGAAGUUGAGCAGAGGAGGGGAAAAAAGAAGAAAGAAUUUGAUGCAGUUAAAGAACCUUUGGAUGGUUGCCUAGACUCUUGUAAGUCCAGUGACAUGAUUGCUGAGAAGGUUAACACUGCAGGGUCCAUUGAUGCAGUUAAGAUUGGUGCUUCUUUCAUUCGCUUGUAG